AAGUUUGAAACUAGCAACGGUACAAGUUAACACUUAUUUCGUUUCGACACAAUCUUCCAACAGUCUAAAGAAUCGAUUUCAUAAAUUCUUCCCUGCCCCGACCAAAUCCAAUUCGAUCUCGUGAACCGCAAGAAGCAUUGCGUGCUUCGUGCUCUUCGAUUCUUGCAAUUAUUCACAACUUUCUAAAGCAACUUCCAAACCUACAUUUGUUGUCUUACCACAAAUUCUAACAACUAGACAAAUCGAUCGGCUAUAAUACUACGGAAAAAAAUUCGCGCAGGCGUUCAACAACUUCGUGCUGUUAUUCUCCUGUAAGAAAGGCAAUUCAAUAGUUACCGGGACAUCGAUGAGAAGCCACGAUGAGCGAAUCCGUGAUGAUAAAAGCGAACGCCAAGAGUCAUAGCGAUUACAGUCUACAAAUAAAUCGUUGGAUAUUAAAACCGAUCGGUGCCUGGCCAUAUUUCUCCACUACGUCGACACGCGAAAGAGUCAUUUCCUUGUUUUUAAUCGUUCUCUGCUACGUCAUUAUACUGUUCAACAUAAUUCCUUGCGUCGCUCAUUUAAUCUUCGUAGGUGAUAGUUUUUAUAGAAAAGUAAAAGUAUUUGGUCCUCUGACUCAUUCAUUUCUCGGUGGAAUCAAUUACACGAACCUGCUGUUUCGGGGCAGAAAUAUCAGUGACUGUGUGGAACGCAUUGAAACUGACUGGCGAAUGGUGAAGAAAGAGGACGAGCAACAAGUAAUGUUGAAACACGCGAAGUUUGGCCGAUACGUGUCGACUAUGUGCGCGAUCUUCGUGCAUAGUGGUAUCAUGUCUUACUGUAUAGUAAGUGCAUCCAAUGUGCAGAUCAUCAAAGUUGGCAACGAAACAAGGACCAUACGUACGUUACCUUUUGAUGUUUACAACAAGAUGAUCCCAGUCGACACGAGUCCCGCGAACGAAAUAGUCCUCGUAGUGCAGUUUCUAUCGGCUUUCAUCGCCGACUCCAGUGGAAUUGCAUUUUACACCCUCGCGAGUGUCUUGGCCUCACAUGCUUGCGGUCAACUGGGCGUGUUAACGAUUUGGAUCAAUGACUAUGUGAAUGAAGCUGGAAACAGAAAGCAGGAUGCUUCUUUUAGAAAAAUUGAAACGAUCGUAAAACAUCAUCUGAGAAUACUAGAUUUUAUAGCACGUAUAGAGGAAAUAAUGAGCUGGGUAUGCAUGAUAGAGUUGUUUAGAUGCGUUUUGGCAAUAUGCAUGGUUGGGUAUUAUAUCGUUACGGUUGUCCCAGAAGUGUGUCUUUCUUUGUGUCCCAAAAGUGUUUUUCAACAAAAAUGUCUUACAACAAUGCAUCUUUAUAUAAACAUGAAACUUAAUCUGUCAAAUGUUGUUUUCUUUAUUUCAAAAGAACAAAAUGCAUCAUACAUAGUUCAAUAA